AUGGUGAACAUGCCUCUGUCCAUGAGGGUCCUGCCUCUUGCUCCCUCUGCAACCAUCAUGCCUCUUGAGGACAUGGGCCCUGUGAGCAACAAAACCGAGGACCAAGUGAAGCACCUGCUGCUGGAAGCAGACCGCAAGAAGAUGUUCCCGGAUCUGAAGGACAACCUGAUGGAAAACCUGAAGACCCUGAAGAAGACCAUGACCAAUGAGGACUGGAAGUCCUUUGAAUCCUGGAUGCACAAGUGGCUGCUGUUUGAAAUGGCCAAGAGCCCCAAGCAGGAGGAGCGUAAGGCAGUCCCAGCGAAGAAAGUGCAAACUAAGUGCCAGGCGGAGGCCGAUUCUGGGGGUGUCCGGCCGGGUCACUUCCGCCCACAGUGCGAUGCGAACGGCGACUACCUGCCCAAGCAGUGCAAUGCCUCCACGGGCUACUGCUGGUGCUCCUACAAAAAUGGCACCAGGAUUGAGGGCACUGCCACUCGGGAAAAGCUGGACUGCCCCGAUGCCACGGCUCCCACCACCACGGAGCCCGAGGAGAUGAUCUUCUCUGGGGGUAACAUGCUCAACCUGCGUGUGGAGAAAGAUAAGUAG